CAGCAUUGUUGCAGGUACCUAACCUAACGUACCUACUGUACCCCUCCGUUCUCCCAUUCUCUCAUUCAGAUCUCAUUAAUAGAUUUCUCAUGUAAUAAUACGUUAGGUGCUAUCAACAUAAGGUCUUUGCAAGGGAGUCUUGAGAUAAGCCUCAAUUAUGAACAUUUAGCUAGCGCCUCGUUGAAAAACCUCAGAACUACAUCUCUCACAAAUAUAAAAUGAACUUCUUACACAUACUUUCCCCUCAUCCUAAUUCACUUACGGGAUGACCUCACCAUUUCCAAAAUCGUCAUCCCUCCCCGGAGAGGGUCGAAUAGUUAUCAAGUUAUCGCCUAAUAAAACCUCUACGAUCGAGAGUAUCACAUAUCAAUACCCGCUAAAACUCAUAUCCCCCGCAUCUACUACCGAAACUGGUACCGUAUUAGUGUUCCUUUUAUCGUAUGGCGGAGGGCUUGUUGGCGGAGACCAAAUUAACCUCUCCAUUGACAUACAUCCCGGGGCAAGACUCGGCAUCGUCACCCAAGGUCACACCAAGAUCUUUCGAUCCGUUGCGCCGCAUAUCAUAACCAAACAAAAUUUGAACGUCCAAAUCAGCGACAGUGCUGCGCUCUGUCUCUUGCCAGACCCCGUUCAACCGUUUGCAAACAGUAUUUACGAACAGAAACAGAUUUUCAAGCUGACUCCUAAGGCAUCUCUAUGCUUGUUAGACUGGGUUACCCAAGGUCGUACGGCUCGAGGUGAAGACUGGGAUCUUGAUCGAUGGGUCGGGCGCAAUGAGGUUUGGACCACCUCCAACGCAGCAAUAUCCAAAGAUCGUCUUCUAGCCCGAGACGCUAUCAUCCUGAACGGCGCGAAUAGGCCGGCUGGGUCCCCUACGCUUAGACAGUCAAUGUAUGGACACGCCAUAGUAGGGACUUUAAUCCUUCGAGGCCCUAUGACUAAAUCCAUUGGCGAUUUCUUUCUAUCCGAGUUCGCUACAUUGCCACGGCUAGGUGCUCGGGAUUUCCGCAGCGCCGAAGCGCGCGAGAAAGAUGCGGCGAUACCUCAAUCUUCCCUCGAACGUUGGCGAACUACGAGGCUAAAAGAGGAGAGAGAGAAUCAAAUACUCUGGUCAGCCGCCAAUGUACGUGGUUGCAUCGUGGUGAAAUUCGGGGCUGCAACUGUUGAAGCUGCACGGAAUUGGAUAGGGUCUAUGCUCCUUCAGGAGGGCAGCAUCGAGCAGCAGUUCGGCGAACAGGCCCUAAUGUGCGUUCGAUGAUGGUCAGUCCGUCAGUCCUGGUAUGAGAGCAACAAUAGAAACAUUUCGAGGACUGUGAGGUUCCUUUUUAAUCUAAUAGACUUCUCAGAAGAGUAUGCUUGAAUCAUCCAAGUUGAUUCUCACAACUUUUCUUUUCAUAAGAAAGCAUAGGAUGGGUAAGAGUCUUGUCUUGUUUAAGCUAUUGUGCCCCCUUUUCUUGGUGUGUUGUAAUGUUGUAUUGUACGUAUUAUGUACAAUACCCAACAUAACUUUCAGGUGGCAGGCAGCUGUUGAAUUCCCUUACCUAGGUAGGCACCUAACUCUAAGAUGACUCAGGUACAGUCGUACCCCACCAAGGAUCUCUAGCAGUGGCGGGUCGCGAAACAGGUUGCACUUAGAUAGUACAAUACAAGAACUUUGCCCCACUAGAAA